GACAGUAUUGAAUAACUAUAAAAGAGCAUUGAAUAAAAUCUAUAAGGCUUACUGUAAAAGUAAAUGUUGGCUACUGUAUUAAUUUCCAUAUCAAGCAAUGUCUAACACUUUAUUUGUAUUCCGGUGAGUACUGUGACUGUAAGCAACUCUUCAUGCGGCAGCAGUUACUCACUUAAUGGGCUGAAUGAUGAGAUGACCCUAAAAUAUGACGGCGGUCAGUUACCACAAAGGUGCUCUGUAGAAAUUUCAACUUCUCAGUCGCGCGCUAAUUUGUGCUUUGCUGCGAAGUUCGAAAAUGUUUACUCUACACUCUACUCUACACUGUCAUACAAAGUAGAGUACCAUGCCAACUAUGUAACCAACUACGCAGAUAAGACAAUAGAUAGGAUUUCUCACACAUCAAAAUGGUGCCCUUCGUCAUCAAAAGUGGCUGUGGUGUUUGUGCCUGGAAGAGUAUCCUUUUUGGAACCAGACAUUGAGAUCAAGGUUAAAGUCACAUUCGACGGUUCGUCAAGUGACAGUGGAUCUUCGAUCGGCGGAAGUAUUGGGUCGCUUGUACUUGUAGCCUGUGUUUGUUUCGGCAUUUUUUACUAUUGUCACAAACGUCAGAGGGGAAGGCGGGGUCAAGUAGUUGAUUGGCCACCGAACACAACGGCCCAAACGUCAGUUCAGGUAAUGGUCACGAGCCCUCCGACUCAAGCUGUGUACCAAGGCUAUCCUCCACCUUCACAGACCGGAUACCAACCACAACAAGGCUAUCCUCCACCUUUACAGACCGGAUACCAACCACAACAAGGCUAUCCUCCACCUUCACAGACCGGAUACCAACCACAACAAGGCUAUAUUCCACCUUUACAGACCGGAUACCAACCACAACAAGGCUAUCCACAAACUGCACCAGCUGGUUACCAGCCUAAUCAGACUGGAUACCAACCUGGUGGGUACACACAACAAACAAGUUAUUCACAGGCUGCAAAGGCAGGGUACCCGCCAGAUCAGACUGGUUACCCACACGAACCGCAAAAAGGUUAUGCCGGAAAACAACGAUCUGCUCCACCAUCUUAUUCACCAUCAGCGCCGCCACCACCCUCGGUGCCACCACAGCCCUCAGUGCCGCCGCCACCCUCGGUACCACCACAGCCCUCAGUGCCACCACCACCAUAUUCUCCUUAAACGUCAUGAAGUUAUCAGUUAUGAAGCCCACAUUUGGACAGGAAUCUUCACUUUUGUCUUGUUUGAUAUCUUUUAUAAUAACAUGUUUCAAAUAGUACACAGUUCUUUUUAUUUAGCUUAGUAUAAUCGCGACCUUUUCACACAUUAUUAUUUACCCGCUUAUACCCAUGGUGGUUUUGAUAUGCUUAAUACUAUUCCAUUUUCAGUAUAAUCGUGGUUCGUAUAACUACUUAUUUUUUACAUAAAUAAAGAAGUCAAAAAGGUAAAAGAGUGUGUAAGUAAAAUACCGUUUAAUUCUUAUAAUCGCGUUUAUACUGCAUUCGUUAUUGUAAGAUAUGGACGUUUGUGUAGGUCAAAUAAUGAAGUAAAGUCAUUUUACAAAUCUAUAACCAAUAAUGUUAAAGUAUUUAUAUAUCAAUCUUAUUGCAUGCAGUUUACUCAAUAGUACUCAUUUAAAUGUGCGUGUGUAAUGUAUCUGAUAGUUGCAUAUUAAAGGUUUUAUUAUUCAGGUUUGUUAAAACCACAAGAAGGGGAGGUAUGCUGGAGUCUACAUAUUGAUUUGUGUUUGCUUGAUUGGUCUGUGAGCAAUUUUUGUCAUUCGAGCAUUUCGUCAAAGUUGGUUAGGAUUUAGAUGAAAACUUCUCAUUCUUCAUUAAAGACAAGAGAAAUAUUGAUUUUUUAUUUAUUAAAUAAAUUGUAUGACCCAGUGCUUAUAUCAAGUGCAAACGUUUGCGUUUGAACUUCUAUUUUUUUUUUUUGUCAAUUUAAAAACGUCUUAAUGUACAAAAUUAAUUUUGAACCAAAAAGGUUUAAGAGCUGUAAGGCACAGAUGUUUGUUUUUGAACAUGUGAAACAUGAAACAUCGUAUGGUGGUUCUAAACACAGUUUGUUCAAUUAAAGCCCAUGGGUGUCAAAACAGGCCCCGCUGUGAUGGUCACUUGUUGCCCUAAUUUGUAUUAUAUUGAAAACUUGGAAAAUAAAAUGAAAUUGCAAAAUUAAAAGGUUUGGUAUUUGAGAAGGAACAGCGUUUGAUGAUUCUCUACUAAAGUGGUUCAAAUCAUUUCUCUUGGGUAAAAAUUUGUUCCAAACAGAUGUUAACUUGUUUUCAUGGUGUCUCUGUAAAGUUGAAAUGUUUUCGGUCGAUAGAAAAACACAGCCACGAAAUGGUGCAAAUUUCCUUUUGUAUAAAUGGCUCUAAUGAAACACUUGGUAAGGCGCCACGUCCAACUUUUGAAAUGGUUUGAUAACAGCACACGAAGUUGCUCAGCCAGUUCAGUUUCCCGAAGUUAAAAGUGAGAAACUUGGACCUAUGGCCCUCAUCUUGGUUUAAAAGGGCAGGGAGCAUUUACUCAUUCACAAAAAACUGAAUUUAUUAUUUUUUGUGUCUCAUUCAUUGAUUUUCUUAGAGUAUUGAAUACAUAAAGCCAGUUUUAAUUACAAAUAAUGAGAUAUUUGCAUUGUGAAUUAAAAUCGAUCGUUUUUUGUUAAUGAAAUUCAGUGCACAUUUGUUCAUUUAUUGCUGGUGUAUUUUCAUACACGUUGUGAUAAAUGUAGAGAGUUAACAUUGAUUUUGUACAUUUAUGUUUUAGAAUCAUAUGUUUUAAUGGUAAAGAGAAUCACUGAUUUUAUAAAGAUACAUAUUUCAAAGCUCAUGUAAUUUUCAGUAUUGCAUAAAAUUGAGAUUGAUAUUAAAUGUAUGUCUUGUCAAACUAUAAUAAUAAUGAUUCCAUAUACUUUCACUACAUUUAUGAAAUAUAAUUGGUGUCUUAAACAAUUUAUGUAGAGGACUGUUUAUGCAUUUUGCAAUGUACAAACAUUGCAUGUUUAUGAUAAAUAUGUUCAUUUAUUGUAUAUUGCAAAUAUUGUAAAAGCUUAGUAGUGAAUUUCUUUUAAAAAAAUCCCAGACAUUUCAAGGACAAAAAAAUCAAAGAAAUAUGUCAAAAAUCAGUGCUAAUUCAGAUUCAUACUCAUCAUAAUAUUAAGGCAGUUUCUUAAAAUUUAAACCCUCAUCCCACUUAAAAUAAUAAAUCAAAUUUCAACAAGAUAUCAUUUCAAAAGAAAGUAAAAGACAUGUUUCUGACAGAAAACUUUUUUUUUUGUUAAUGCAUAUGUACGAACAAUUCUAGGUACGAACAGGGUAGUAGUAUAUUUACUGGAAUUUCUGUAGAGGAAUCACCAGCCUAUUAAUUGCGCAAUAUAAUACCGUUGUAUGAUACGUUUACUCUGCUUGUCUAUUGUAUAAUAUUUUUGUCUUUGCAUGCACACAAUAAAGUACUCAUAACCGCG